CUAUAUAGGUCCGCUUGACUUGACAGUCUGUUCUCUGACGCCACUCAUGUAGAGGCGGAACGCAUCACACCCGAUCUGUUCAGCUAUGACCUUUGAAGCAUGGUUUGAUAGUCAAAGUGUAGACUAUUGUGUUAUUGCAGAGGACGGAAUUAAAUAAAUCUCAUUAUCACUAACUCCAUGCACUGCUCAACGGGUUAUAAUGCUCUGUUAUAAUUGGUUAUAAUGCUGAAUAGAGGGUUACAAUGUUGAGAGAGUUGUGUCCUCCUGUGGUUCCUGGAUCCAGCUACAGGAGUCCGUCUGCCAGUAAGAUGAGGUUGCUACAACACUGACCGACAACACGUCUCACACACUGGAUCACAGUAACCUGUAUGCAACACACUCCUGCAGACCAAGAUGCGUGGAUCUGCCCUGUCUCGGUGGCUGAUGCUGUGUCUGCAGCUAUUGGUGAUGGUGGUUUUCAGGACACAAGGUGAGGUCAUUGCCCCCUCCAGCAUGACCGCUGUGGCGGGCCUCCCCUUCACGCUGGGCUGUAACGUCACCAUAGCAACUGGCGACACUGUCAAGCAGGUCCGCUGGCUGAACAAACACAAGCAGGUUCUCUUGGCGUACGAGCCGGGCGAGUCGGUUAGAACCACCUCCCGCCAAGACAACGUGGAGCUAACUUCAUCGCACAACAACGUCAGCGCCAUCACCAUCAAGAGUGCGGGGCCUAACGACGAGGGCUGCUACCACUGCAUCUUUGACAUCUACCCCAGCGGAGCACAGGAGGGAAAGACCUGCCUCAGUAUCGAAGUCAAAGUGGGCAACGAGGGUAAUAAAACAGCCAUCAGCGGGAAGCUGGCCACCAUGUCCUGCUGGUACGGCCUCCCAGACAGGGUACGCCAGAUCCUGUGGAGAAAGACUGCAGAGCAGGGCGACACGACCACGUUGGCCUCCUUUGCCAAGCGAGGCCAACCCAGCAUUGAGGAACCUUAUCGGGGACGUAUGACCCUGAACCCCUCCCUGGGAGACACCCAGCUGUCCAUCAGGCCGGUGAAGACGGAGGACGAGGGCUGCUACACCUGCGAGUUCCACACCUACCCAGAAGGCACCAGGAGCGCCACGGCCUGCCUCUUUGUAUAUGUGCUGCCCAACCCAGAGAUCACCCACGUGACCUCCAGCGGGGUCAUCGAGGCCAACUGCACGGCCGCAGCCCGUCCUGCAGCCCAGAUGGUAUGGAAUGUGGAGGGGGACAACCGGACGCUAGGGCCGUCCGUGUCCUCGUCUUACGACCAGGGGGACGGCACCACCCUGGUCACCAGCACCCUCCUCCUCCAGGAGGGCCUGCCCCACGACCUGUCCGUCAAAUGCAUGGUGCACCACCGAGGCCUGGACUCGCCCAUGUCAGUCAACCUCAAUGUUGGUCCGGCCCUCACUACUAUCAUCUCAGUAUCCUGUGUGGCAGCCCUGCUCCUGUGCUGUCUGUGUGUGUGCCUCUGCAAGUGCUUCCUGUGCCGAGACGAUUGAGAUUUGACCUGGAAUGGUGGAAGAAGGACUGUUUUGAUGAGAAGCCAGAGUUCUGGUCAUCCAGCUAGACCUAUCAGCUCCUCAGCACCAUAUGCUCCAUGUCUGUUAGAAGGAACAGCUCACUACAGUGCUACACAUCACCAACAGCUGUUUCUCCAGGCCCCACUGGGUGAACUGGACAUAAACCUUCAUCCCACCAGUGACAACAACAUCAACAACACUAAAGCCAUGUUUCUAUUAACAGUAGAUAUAAAGACACUUAUCAAAAUGUGACUUUGAUGUUUAGUCUGUCGAGAAUGGUCCCAGAUCAGUUUGUAAUGACUUGCCAACUCCUAUAGUCAUUGUUACGCCAAUGGCUCAACAGAUCUGGGAUCAGGCUAUAAUCGGUCCACUCGAUGAAGAAAAAAAAGUCUAGGACAAAGGCCGUUAUUACAAAGUGCUUUAAAAGUAGGAGGUUUUUAAAUGAUACGUUCGCUAAAACGUUCUAAUUACACACUGUAAUGUAUUUUAACAGUUACAGUGUGUUUAAGGACCAGGCUGCUUUUUUGUGUAGGAGUUCUCCUGUUAUUUGUUUGUGUGAUUUUGCUGCUGU